ACCCUUUUGGCAAUCUGUUUUCUCAUACUCACUAACAAACGAACACUCAUAUUCUUCAGUCUAGUUAUUUAUUCACUUUACAAAAUGUUUGAGGAUUUUAGUAUCAUAAGCAAGGAGCGCACCUUCAUAUGCCAUGCUGCUGCAGAUGCACUCGUCAAAAUACUUCAGGACGAUUUUUCCUUCAAAGGACGCGUAAAGACGGCGAACUGCGUCUGGCAUGCGGGUGCCUACCACGAAUAUAACCCGGCGAUGAUCGCGUAUAUGCCACAUCAGACAUCGGUACAACACGCCGAAAACAGUGUAAUUUACCAUCGCAUGGCUGAAGUUGGAUUUUCACAUGCUUGGCAGCUCAUGAGGCUAAACAACGACAUCGCUAGUCUAAAUUGUAAACUAGCUAUUGAUGAGGCUAUGACAAUGGACAAUGAUGCGCCAGUUUUGGAGCUAAACCCUCGGUAUAUUAACCCUGGAAACACCCUGGAAGUAAGCCGUGCAACCGCCAGUAAGCGGCAUCAUACUGACAAGCUUAGCGGCAACCAUGAUAACGCUUACACAAGCGUGUGUGCAAACUUUGGGUCUCAGCGGGAGCGUGUUGACAAGUUAUACGAUAAUGUUAAACGCAUUCGCGCGUCAAUGGCAAAAGCAAGAAAUAAUUUGUCAGAGAGCAAGCGGCAAAUGGGUAUUUCUAACAAUGCUAACCAGCAGCAGCGGGGUGCAUAUUCCCAGUGUACUGAACUUGCGAAUAAAAAUGCGAUAAUAAAAAGUGGUGCUCACAAUUUGCAUGGCGUCUCCCUGUCGACUGAAAUAAAAAACGUGCUGGUCGACGAAAUGGAGACUAACUUUAAGCUAAUGGCUGCCAAGAGUGACUCUCUCCGAAGCAUAGUUCGCACUAUAAAGCGUGAGACUAACAGGAUGGCCACGCUUUACAAAUAAGCUAAUGCGAGUUCGGGUUCGAGAUGGCAAAGUCAGUCCAAUAUGAUUGGUUUAGUAAUUUAAUUUUUUU